AUGAAACAAUCCAUCACAGAUAUAAUAAAUUUUAAUUUAUUCGGCAUUCCCUUAGUUGGGGCAGAUAUAUGUGGUUUUCACCACGACACUACCGUUGAGUUGUGUUCAAGGUGGAUUCAAUUAGGUGCCUUCUAUCCAUUUUCUAGGAAUCAUAAUGGCCAGUACAUGAUAGACCAAGAUCCAGCAGCUUUAGGAUCAAACGUUUUGUCAUCUGCAAGAAAAUCACUGAUUACUAGAUAUUAUUUAUUACCAUAUUUGUAUUCGUUAUUUUGGAAAGCUCAUGUUUACGGAGAAACUGUAGUUCGACCUUUGUUUUUUGAAUAUCCAUUUGAUGAUAAUACAUAUGGCAUAGAUACUCAGUUUCUAUGGGGUGCAGCCUUACUAAUCUUACCAGUUUUAAAAGAAAAAAAUCAUCAUGUGUAUGUAUAUCUCCCAAAAGAUAUAUGGUAUGACUUUUACAAUAAAACUGUGAUAUUGAGCAACGGAAAUCAUUUUGUCAUAACAGCACCUGCUGACACUAUACCCUUACUGAUACGAGGGGGUUAUAUUUUACCCACACAAAUGGCUGCUUUAACUACAAAAUUAAGUCGUCAAAAUCACUUUGAACUCUUAGUAGCAACUAAACACGACCAAUCAACUGGUUUUUUAUUUUUUGAUGAUGGAAAGUCUUUAGAUUCUUGGAAAAAUGAUUCAUAUAACAAAGUACAAUUUAAGCUUGUGAACACUACAUUUUCCAGUAUAGUGGAGAUGAAUAGUUAUAUUGAUGACAACUUUGUGUUACAAAAUAUUACCGUGCUUGGUAUUAAACAAGGACCGACCAAUUCACAAGUUAAUGGAAUUCCAUUCAAUGGUUUUUACUUCAAUAAAACUGAACAAGUUUUAUACUUCAAAAAGUUAAACUUAAAUCUAAGGAUGCCAUUCAAUUUAACAUGGUAA